GGCAGCUUCAAACGCACAGGCAAGCUUAGUAACCAGCCAUGAAGACGAUGAAGAGAUGCGUUGUUCCUAGCAUCCUGCUGAUGCUUUCACUCGUCGCCGCCGGCCGUCCCUCCACGAGCACCGCCGCCGACGAUGUGGGCACCAUUCUCCUGCCGAGCGAAGGCAUAGGCCAAGCAGGAAUGAUGGCGACCAGGCCGUGGAAGUGCUGCGACCGGGCCAUUUGCACCGAGUCAUUCCCACCGAUGUGCCGCUGCAUGGACAUGGUCGAGCAGUGUGCUGCGACCUGCAAGAAAUGCGAGCCGGCCACGUCGGACUCAUCCCGCCGCGUCUGCAAUGACUGGUACCAUGGCUUCCCCGGGCCCAUGUGCACCCAGCCUGUUGCAACGGCGAAGAAGAAGGCGGAAGAAGAAGAGAGGCCAUGGAAAUGUUGCGACUUUGCUCUGUGCACCAGGUCGUUCCCGCCGAUGUGCCGCUGCAUGGACAAGGUCGAGCAGUGCGCUGCGACCUGUGAGAAAUGCGAGCCGGCCACGUCGGACUCAUCCCAGCGCGUCUGCAACGACUGGUACCAUGGCUUCCCGGGACCCAUGUGCUCCGAGCCUGUUGCAACAGCGAAGAAGGGGGAAGAGGAAGAGAGGCCAUGGAAAUGCUGCGACUUGGCUCUGUGCACCAGGUCGUUCCCGCCGAUGUGCCGCUGCGUGGACAAGGUCGAGCAGUGUGCUGCAACCUGCAAGAAAUGCGAGCCGGCCACGUCGGACUCAUCCCGCCGCGUCUGCAACGACUGGUACCACGGCUUCCCGGGGGCCAAGUGCACCGCCGGCGGUAACUAGCAUGCGCGUUGAUCACCUGUGCAACGCCGUCCAGCCUGAGCUUUAGUAGCUGCAGCAGCCUGCAGUGUGUGUAAGCAAUAAAAUAAAAUGGAAAGUCAGGCAAUCACGAAUAAAAAUGUAAUGGAGUUCGUGACCAUGCUUUCACGAAAUGGAAUGCAGUUUUGUUAUCUUUGAA